AUGGCGCUCCUUUCCAAGCCGUCCAGCAAUGACGGUGACCAUCCAGGCAGCCAGCUGCCACUUGGCUCCCCUGUCUCACUCAGCCAGCUCUUUGCCGCUGCCAGCAGUGACCCCGCGCAGGCUUCUGCAGACGCAGAUGCAGACAGUGACUUUGAUGCUGACGCUGCCAUUGAUCCUACAGCAGCCGCACAGCUGGAGCG